AUGGUUGACCGAGCCGAUAACCAGCUAAGAGAAUUGGAAAAGGAUUAUUGUCCACCUCUUGACCCAGCCUUAUUUACAGCUAUCGCCUGCGACUAUGAUCUCUCUGACUCGGCCCAGCUCCAGCAGCUUCGCGAAACCCUCGACACUCUCAAGCUAUCUGCAUGGGAACAGGAAGACCUUCCAUUUGAUCCGUCCGGAACGAGUGGUCUGGGAGCAAAUGGUGUUGAUUCGGAAGGGAUACCGUCAGAACACAGCGUGUCGCAAAACGGCACUGUGCGAUCGCGUGAAACAGACAUCACGAGUUUGGCAUCAGAAUUCUCCUCCUUCAGCGUAGGCGACAAAGGCUCGCACAAUGAUGGAUCGCUUUGUCUGUCGGGUGCAACUGAGGAGGAUAAGAUUGGUUACUUGUCGGAGAUGUUUCCCUCGGUUGAUAAAUUCACCAUCCAGCAUGCACUGCGGAAGUCUAAUGGGGAUGUUGAUCGCUCAAUGGAUGUCCUGCUUAACCUCACAUUCUUCUCCGAGCAACCUUCAAUUGAGGACGGGGAUAAGGUCGCUAUCCCUAAAGGCAUCGAUGGGUUUCAAGAUGGCUCGAAUGGGGAAACAGGGCGAAAGAAAAACCGCAAACGCAAAGGGAAAACUAAGAGCGGCCGAAACUAUGAGCGCUCGUCCCCUUUGGAUUCUGAGCCAGGCUGCUUCUUGCAGGAUGAACCCUGUACUGUUAAUAAGUGGGAUGCUGCGCAGAAGGAUAUUGAGUUUAUUCAUUCCAGGACUUCCCCUGUCCUGAAGAAGGAAAUGGUCACGUCCACCUACCAUGCUAAUGGUGCUUCUUUAACGGCGACUAUUCGGUCCCUGGCAGAGACACAUGCACCGAAAGAUGAGCGGGCCAUUAGUCAAGAUACAGUUACAGAGGCACAAGUUGCCGAGCUGAUCCAGGAGCUUCCUUCUAUCCCGCCCACAACGUUCGCAGGUCUACUUAAAAUUACGAGGAGCUCCGUCUCAGCCGCUAGUGAAUUGGCAGCUGCAAUGGUGACCGGACCAGUGUCUCCGUCAAUGUCUGAAUUGAUUAAAUUUACUACUUCACCGCCACCAGUCGAUGUCGACGUGGAGACGCCUAGGCGACGGAAUGAGCCGCGGGUCAUUCGAGAUUAUGAUCGUGUAAGAAGUUCCGCAGGGGCCCAUUUUGCUGCCAGUUCGGAAGCACUCGCUAAAGCCUCGGCGGCAUAUCGUCGUGGCAAGUCUGAUCGCCUGAUGGGCGGUGCCGCUGCUUAUUACUCGGCAGUCGGACGAGACCAUCUAGAGCGAGCAAAGCGGGACGCGGCCGAAGCAGCAGAUGCCCUCGUAGAUUCGCAGUCCACGCACAAUACGCUAGAUCUUCACGGUGUUUCAGUGCAAGAUGCCGUUCGCAUUGCCAGUGAACGGGUCUCAGAUUGGUGGGAGUCUUUCGGGGACGCCAAAUACGUGCGCGGUGGUGAAAUAGCCCGGUCUGGAUACCGCAUCGUCACUGGGCUCGGGCGACAUAGUCAUGAUGGGACAUCGCGCCUGGGUCCUGCCGUGGGUAAGAUGCUGGCUCGUGAAGGCUGGAAAGUGGAAGUAGGCGAAGGAGUCUUGACUGUCGUAGGUGUGGUGCGGCGUCACUGA